AUAUGAACAGGUGGGAGACAAACAGAGUGGAGUUAGAGAGAGAGAGUGUGGGUCUCUAGAGAGAGAAAAAUGGUGGGGGUUCUACAUUCGGCGUCUUUGUCGACAUUGUCACCGACUCUCCAUAUGUCCUCAGCUCGACCUUCUCGCUCAUCAUCUUUAUCUCUCAUCAGCCUCCCUUCUUCUUCUUGUUCUUGUUCUUGUCGACUCGCUGUUCCUCGCUCUUCUGCCUAUAACCCUUCUAGAAGACUCGCUCUCUUCCAUCUCAGCAGCGCUAUCCCUCAGUCCCAGCUAUUUGGUGUAAAUGCAUCCACGUUGUUAAGAGCAGAGGGGAACACGAUAGAGGCCAGUUCAACUGCAGAUAUGGCACGACCAAGUACUGUUGUCACUGAGGAGAAUUCUUUAGAGUGGGUCAAAAAUGACCACAGAAGGAUGCUCCAUGUUGUUUAUCGUGUUGGGGAUUUAGAUAAGACUAUAAAAUUCUAUACGGAGUGCUUGGGAAUGAAGCUGUUGAGGAAGCGUGACAUACCAGAAGAGAGAUAUACAAAUGCUUUUCUUGGAUAUGGGCCUGAAGAUUCCUAUUUUGUCGUUGAACUUACUUACAAUUAUGGAGUUGACAAGUAUGACAUUGGAACUGGUUUUGGACAUUUUGGUAUUGCAGUUGAGGAUGUUGAAAAAACAGUAGAUCUUAUAAAAGCAAAGGGGGGAAAAGUUACCAGGGAACCUGGUCCUGUCAAAGGUGGUACUACAAUAAUUGCCUUCAUUGAAGAUCCAGAUGGCUACAAGUUUGAGCUUUUGGAGCGGGGGCCUACAUCUGAGCCCCUCUGUCAAGUAAUGCUGCGAGUUGGAGAUCUUGACCGCUCCAUAAAUUUUUAUAAGAAGGCUUUUGGCAUGGAGCUUCUCCGGAAAAGCGAUAACCCUGAGUACAAGUAUACAAUAGCAAUGAUGGGCUACGGACCUGAAGAUAAAAACACCGUGCUAGAACUGACAUAUAACUAUGGGGUCACAGAAUAUGACAAAGGAAAUGGUUAUGCACAGAUUGCAAUAGGCACUGAUGAUGUCUACAAGACUGCAGAAGUGGUCAAACUGUGUGGUGGGAAAAUUAUUCUCGAACCUGGGCCUUUGCCAGGUAUCAACACCAAGGUUACUGCCUGCUUGGAUCCUGAUGGUUGGAAAUCGGUCUUUGUUGAUAAUGUUGAUUUUCUCAAGGAACUGGAAUCACUAUAGAAUCAUUUGCAGCUUUAGCACCUCUUGACUGAAUCUGUGGAGAUUCGUAACGAUUUUGUCUAUUGAAAUCUUGCUUCUGUCAGAUUAUAACUUCCAAAAGCUCCUAAUGAGAGUGUGUGUGCAAUACCAUUUUGUAGAUAUAACACUAUGUAUACAACUGAAAUAGUUGAAAUUAAUGUUUUUUUGUUGCCCUUUGCGCAAUCCCUGUUUUGAAAUUUGAAAUAUUAAUGCAAUUAUAAUUUGCUUUUAAAA